AUGGCGGUGGUGGGGAGCGGGGGAGUGAACCCCUUCCUCAGUGACUCCGAGGAGUCCGAGCCAGAGGAGACCAGGCCGGGGGGCAGCAGCGGUAGCGACCCCGGCGUCUCGGCCGCUCCGCUCCCGGUCUCCAUCUCCACGUCCUCUCCGCCACCCCUUCAGCAACUGUUGCCGCCGCCCGUGCAGGCCGAGGAACCGCCCCGGGUGCCCGUGGAUGCUUUAGCGGCUCAGCUGCUGCGCGACCAGUUCGUGUUGACGGCGCUGGAAUUGCACACGGAGCUUCUGGAGAGCGGCCGGGAGCUGCCUCGGCUGCGCGACUAUUUUUCCAAUCCUGGCAACUUCGAGCGACAAAGUGCGGGCGGCGCCGGAGCCCUGGCACCGACUCCUUCCGCCUCGGUAGCUCCCGGGAUCAUAGCGAUGGUCGGAGGCGGGAAGGAGCCUGGCGCCGGACAGCUCCAUCGAGCUGGAAGCAUUAGCACUCUUGAUUCCUUGGAUUUUGCAAGAUAUUCAGAUGAUGGAAAUAGGGAGACUGAUGAGCGAGUAGCUGUCCUGGAGUUUGAACUGCGGAAAGCAAAAGAGACCAUUCAGGCCCUCCGAGCCAACCUGACUCAGGCUGCAGAAAAUGAAGUUCCUCUGCAGGAACGAAGAAAUUAUAAAUCAAGUCCUGAAAUUCAGGAACCAAUUAAACCUCUUGAAAAAAGAGCUUUAAACUUCUUAGUCAAUGAAUUUUUGUUAAAGAAUGGAUACAAGCUUACUUCAAUAACCUUUUCAGAUGAGAAUGAUGAUCAGGAUUUUGAACUGUGGGAUGAUGUAGGACUGAACAUUCCAAAGCCCCCGGACUUGCUACAACUCUACCGUGAUUUUGGAAAUCACCAAGUUAUUGCAAAAGAUAUUGUAGAUGUAGCAGUUGGCCCAGAAGAGGAUGAACUAGAGGCAACUACUCCUAUCCUAGAAAACAUUCCUGUAUUUGGAACAUCAGAAUCAAUAGAGCAAUGUGUGUUGGUGCAGAAAUUGGAAGAUCAAAUUAAUGCGUUAAGCACAGAAAAAUGGUCUCUUAUGGAGCAAAUACAAAGACUGGAAAGUGAAAUAGACUACUUGAGAAGUCCAAAAACUUCUAUUCCAACGAUAUGUGACACAGUACAGACAUCUUCAGCCCAAGUGCCUCCCACGUUCCCAGAUGAUAAUGGGAAAUAUUUAGACAUUAAGAGUUCAAGUAAUGAUGAUAAACUUGGGAGAACUGAAGAAGAAAGAACUUGCAUGGAAUCUGAAUGUAGGACUUCUAAAGAGGAUAUUGGAAUACCUUUUGCUUAUAAAGAAAGAGAAAAAUUUCCACCUUGUUCCCCAUCAAAUAAAGCUGCUAUAGAUUUUGAUAAACCUAAUAGGAAGUUAUCACCUGCAUUCCAUCAAGCAUUGCUGUCAUUUUGUCAGAUGUCAGCAGAGAGCCGUUUGGGAUCAGAGGUGUCUCGAAUUGCUGAUAGUGAAAAAAGUGUCAUGCUGAUGCUUGGACGUUGUUUACCACAUAUUGUUCCUAAUGUCCUGCUUGCCAAACGAGAGGAGUUGAUUCCACUCAUUCUGUGUACAGCUUGCCUCCAUCCUGAACCUAAAGAAAGAGAUCAACUCCUACACAUACUGUUCAACUUGAUCAAAAGGCCAGAUGAUGAGCAAAGGCAAAUGAUUUUGACUGGGUGUGUGGCAUUUGCACAGCACGUUGGACCUACACGUGUAGAAGCUGAACUCUUGCCACAGUGUUGGGAGCAGAUCAAUCACAAAUAUCCAGAAAGGCGGCUAUUAGUAGCAGAGUCCUGUGGAGCAUUGGCACCAUAUCUUCCUAAAGAAAUCCGUAGUUCAUUGGUUCUUUCCAUGCUACAGCAGAUGCUAAUGGAAGAUAAAGCAGAUUUGGUACGAGAAGCUGUAAUCAAAAGUCUUGGUAUCAUCAUGGGAUACAUUGAUGAUCCAGACAAAUACCAGCAGGGAUUUGAACUGCUACUCUCAGCAUUGGGUGAUCCCUCAGAACGAGUAGUUAGUGCAACUCAUCAAGUAUUCUUACCAGCUUAUGCUGCUUGGACUACAGAAUUAGGAAAUUUACAGUUGCAUCUUAUACCUACAUUGCUUAGUAAAAUUGAAAAACUACUCAAGGAGAGUGAACAUGGACUAGAUGAACAUAAACUCCACAUGUAUCUUUCCGCUUUACAAUCCUUGAUACCUUCUCUUUUUGCACUGGUGUUGCAAGAUGCCCCGUUUACAAACAAAGCUAAGCUUCAGGGAGAAGUCCCACAUAUAGAAGUAACAAGGUUCCCAAGACCUGUAUCACCUCUACAGGAUGUGGCCACUAUAAUCGGAAGUCGUGAACAACUCGCUGUAUUGUUGCAGCUUUAUGAUUACCAGUUAGAACAUGAGGGUACCACAGGAUGGGAUACCUUACUAUGGGUUGUCAAUCAACUAUUGCCUCAACUUAUUGAAAUUGUUGGUAAAAUCAAUGUAGCGUCAACAGCAUGUGUUCAUGAAUUCUCAAGGUUUUUCUGGCGACUUUGCCGAACAUUUGGAAAAAUUUUCACCAAUACAAAGGUAAAACCACAAUUCCAGGAAAUUUUACGGCUCUCUGAGGAGAACAUUGAUGCUGCAGCAGGAAAUGGAGUACUAACAAAAGCCACAGUUCCUAUUUACGCAACAGGUGUACUUACAUGUUAUAUCCAGGAAGAAGACCGCAAGUUAUUAGUAGGAUUUUUAGAGGAUGUCAUGACUAUGCUUUCAUUAUCUCAUGCGCCCCUUGAUAGCCUGAAAGCAUCUUUUGUGGAAUUAGGUGCAAACCCAGCAUACCAUGAAUUGCUGCUAACUGUAUUAUGGUACGGAGUUGUCCAUACUUCAGCACUUGUUCGCUGUACAGCUGCCAGAAUGUUUGAGCUGACUCUUCGAGGCAUGCGUGAAGCCUUAGUUGACAAGCGGGUUGCUCCGGCCCUUGUUACCUUGUCCAGUGAUCCUGAAUUCUCUGUAAGAAUAGCCACAAUUCCUGCUUUUGGGACCAUCAUGGAAACGGUCACUCAGAGAGAGCUUUUGGAAAGAGUCAAAAUGCAGUUGGCCUCUUUUCUGGAAGAUCCCCAAUACCAAGACCAACACUCUCUGCACACAGAAAUAAUAAAAACCUUUGGAAGAGUCGGUCCAAAUGCUGAGCCAAGAUUUAGAGAUGAAUUUGUUCUUCCACAUUUGCAUAAACUUGCCAUGGUUAAUAACCAGCAAUCUGCAGACUCAAAACGACUGGACAUAGCUACUCAUCUCUUUGAAGCCUAUAGUGCACUCUCCUGCUGUUUUAUUUCAGAAGAGUUAAUGAUCAGUCACUUCUUACCUGGACUCAGAUGUUUAAGAAAUGACAUGGAAGCUCUCUCACCAGAACAUGAGGUAAUUUUAAAUUCCAUGAUAAAAGAGUGUGAACAGAAAGUGGAAAAUAGGAGUGUUCAAGAACCACAAGGUUCUAUGUCAAUUGCAGCAAGCCUUGUGAGUGAAGAUACCAAGACCAAGUUUCUGAAUAAAAUGGGCCAGUUAACCACUUCAGGUGCCAUGCUGGCUAAUGUAUUCCAGAGGAAGAAGUAAAUUGGAGUUAAGAAUUAAAGAACAUUACACUGAGAGACCUCAUUAAGACUUGUUCCUUGUACUUGAAGUACUUGUCUUCUUCUUUUCCGUCUUAUGUUCUUGUAGUAUAAUUUUACUCUAAUCUACAAAGAUAUUUGCACUGCUCUUGAAUAUUGCUACAUAUCUGUUAAUUUGGGGCAAAAUGUGGUUGAUUAUAAAACUAAAUUAAGUCUGUAUCAAGUCCCUGUCCUGUGUUCUUGUCUUUCCAGCAUAUUUUUUAUAUAUAGUGGGGGUUUUUUAAUUUCCUGAUGGGUUCUUGGCUGAUAUCUGUAUUAUACAUGGAACUGUCAUGAUGGUACUUAAAAUAAUGUAAAUUUGAAGUCACCGUUAUAAAGUAAUAAAAGUGGAGAUUACUUAUGUAUUUAACUUAUAAGAGGGAUAAUGCAGAGCUUUUUUAAUGUUUCUAAAAUGAAAGGUAAGGGCCACCAGCACUGAUUCCUGGAUUGUUUUUGUAAGUUGUUAUAUAUUUGAAUUAUAGAAGUGAAUGGAGGAUAUAAUGUACCACGGAAUUCCUUGCACUACUAGGAACAAAUGAAUGCAUUUUUUUAAAAUGUCUCUCAUAUAUGUAUUGGCAUUUUCAAUGUGUAUAAAACAGCUUAGUAUUAACCUUUCUGCAAGACAGUUUAUACUGGGAAGGGGAGGAGGAAUAAAUAGUGCAAACCUAAUCAUAUGUACCUUAAUGAAAGCCAUAUUGAUUUCAAUGAAGGUUUCUUUCAUAUGAGUGAGUCUAAUAUUGCCUUGUUAGAAUAAACUUUAAGUGAUACUGCUC